CCUAAACCAACGUACUGACAACGCUACCUCCCCGGAACUCAAACUUUAACUUUCAGUUUCCAAGUUUUGAUUUCUCUAGCAGAAAAAACAAGCUAAAAGAUGAAGCAAGAUCUAGAUGAGGAUUUUAUUGAAAGAAAAUAUUGGGGACUUGAUCCACUUUUUGACUGCUACGUAACCCUCUUUGUCUGUGACAUUCUACAGCUGCAGAAGUAUCCCACUGGUGACGGUGCCUAUGCUUACAAAAACCAUCCAGUACACCGUGUUGAUAUAUUCGGAAUGGUGGUGAGGCUAGACGAGAGAGAGAAGUAUUAUCGUGUUGAUGUUGAUGAUGGUACUGGUGUCAUUUCAUGUACCUGCUGGAAGCAACACGGUCAUCAAUCAUGUAGAAACGGAAAUGACACAGAAUAUAAACAUUUAUUUGCCUCUCUAAAGAACCUAACCAUCCGUGCACAGGAAUCGAAAAAGAUCCAACUUGGGGACAUGUUGCAUGUGAGAGGUGACAUUGGAGAAUUUAGGGAAAGGAGAGAGGUCUCAGCUCCCUAUUACAGAGUGGAGCAAGAUCUGAAUAUGGAGGCACGUAGGAUCAAAUCUGCUGUUUACAGAUACAAGACGGUGUAUGAUGUUCCAUUUGUCCUUCAUCGAGAUGACAGGGGAGGAGCAUGGGCCAGGCAGUCAGGUCUGGAACCUGAGGCAAGGAUUGUGACAGACUUGAAGGCCUCCCUCACAAUGCGCCUGAUGAUCAUGAAGAUGGAAUCAUUUACUAUCUCCGGUCUGAUGGGUGUGGCUGAGCUAUUAGUCAUUGCAGAGCAUCCAUGUCAGGAUUGCAAUGAGAAGCUAAAUGGUAACAUAACACAAGCCAUUCCUCCAGUGAAACAUCACUUCCAAUGUGCCAUCCAGUUGCUGAUAGAGGAGGCAGUAUGCUACUUAUCCAGUGAAGGCGAAAACUUUGUUGUUGUACAGUGCAGUAAAACUCUGGCAAAGGCAGUCAUGGCUAUUUUAAGCAAAAUCAGGAAUCAUGAAGGAACUCAUUACCUCAAAGUUCACAGUCAUCUUCAGAAGUUGAGUGAGUUCAAAAACGUGUCUGCGUAUAUGGUAAAGAAGUGUCUUGAGAAACUGGAGGAACAAAGUCUUGCUGUUGGUGUGACCAAGGCAAAGUUUGUUAUAGUGUGAGGAUAUUGUUAAUGGACUUGCGAACAGCUGAGGAUUUGUGUUAGAAACCUCAAGUGCGUUAUGAACAGAUCAUUGUAAACCCUGAAACAGCAUGCCCCCGUACCCCUCAUCAGGGGUCACCACAAAUUUUGUGUGGCAUUAGUGUAGUUUUUUACUGAUGGAAAGACAUGAUAAACUAUCCUUCAGUGACUGUGCCGCUCUGGGCAAUUCAAUUGUCUGAGUAUAAAUUUCCACCCAAAAUCAGUCUUUGAGGACAAAGUCACAAUGAGAAGGUGACAGAGAUGCCUUUUGGGACAAAAUGGCAUUGAGGUUGUACUGUCUGUAUCAGAAUGUGAUUGAAAUAAAUGGUGCUACAGUAUUUGACUA